AUGGCGAAGAACUUCGAGGCAAACGCGCACUCGAUCUUCGCCGGCUCGUACGAGCGAUUUCUGUUCGGACACUCGUACGGUCCAAACUUCUCUGCCUCUUUUACUGCUGCUGGCGAGGAGGAGUUUGAGAAGAAAAGGAACAACACAAAGUUUCUGUGCACGAUAGACGCGCAUUCGCAAUCGAUAAAAUCAAUCGCCGCCGCCGGUCCGUUUUUCUGCAGCGGAGGACACGACGACAGAAUACGAGCGUUUCACGUGAAUACGAGAGGGGAGAUUUCGGACGUGGGGUCGUUGACGGGACACAGUGGGACGGUGACGUGCAUCGCGUUUGCCAAGCCCAGUAUUUAUGGAAAGCGUGAAGAUGAUGAUGAUGAUGGUAAAAAGUGUACUACGAAGAACAACAAGAACAACAACAACGAGGAGGAAAAAGUGCCGUCGCCGACUCGAAUGCUUUCCGGGAGCGACGAUGGGACGAUUUUAGUCUGGCAAACGUACGAUUUUGAAAUACUGAAGAAAAUGUUGGCGCACAGAAACGGCGUUUCUGGGUUGAGCGUACACGCGUCCGGGGUAGUGGCGGUGUCGUGCGGAAAGGAAGACCGGUCCGUGGCGCUUUGGGAUUUGAAGAAAGGACGGGUUGCGUAUAAAGGGAAGACGAGAGGUGGGGAAGAAAGCGGAAUUGACGUGUUUUUUAGCAGCAAAGAAGAAGAUACAUCGGGAGGAGGAGGGAAGAGGUACGGGCUUUUGACGAAUAAGUGGUUGGACGUUAUCGAUUGCGAAAGCGGCGGCGAGGUGAGCUCGUUUACGAGGGAAGAUCAAAGGGAAGGAAGGAUUGGGUAUCGCAAGUGUUUGUGCGCGACAAGCAAAGAGGAUUCGGCGGAAAACAUCUACCGAAUUGGAUACGAAGGUGGCGACGUGUGCAUUUUCGACGCGAGAGUCGGUGGUGGUACAGCGAGUGCGACGAUUGUAAACGCGCACGAAAAUCGCGUUCGGUGCAUGGCGGAGAUUCCAGAACGCGGAGGACACUCUUUCGCUACGGCAUCUUCGGAUGGAAUUAUUAAAGUUUGGGACGAGAGAAACGUCAGAGAGCCAAUCGCACGAAUCGAAGGCGGCGGGCGAUAUACGAGUUUAGUAGUCAUGAACAACAACGACAUCAUGCGCAGAUCGAAACCGGCGAAACCGAAAGAAAUUGAAAUCGACGAUAUCGAAGCCCGUUUGGAAAUGAGGAAGAAAGAAGAAAAGAAAGUAAACACGGAAACUCAAAAGAACGCGGAAAAAGGGAAGAAGAAGAAAACGAAGAAGAAGACGAAAGCGGAUUACGAUAAAAUGGAUUCGGAUUCAGAGUUGGAAAUCGUGGACGACGAGGAAAAUAAUGCAAAGGACAGGAAAAAAGCUGCGAUUGAUGAUUCGGAUAAAGUUGAUGACGACGACGAGAGCGAGGAAGACGACAAUGAGAGCGAGGAAGACGACGAAGACAUGAUUGAAAAAAUGCGACAGGCGUACAACAAAACGCACCAUAAGAACAAAAGUAAACGAAAACCGCAACAACAAUCUCGCAACAGUCAGUACGAGAAGAACGCCACGACGGCGCGAAAGAAAGCGAACAAGAAGAGCAAAAGCAAAUUUUAA